UGCUCGGGGCAGACAGGUGGAGGUAGAUAGGGCGUCUCGGCAAAUUGUUCCGCUGCUCCUUUCUACUGCAGCAGCGCUCACUGCUGCCUGCAGUGAGGCUCAAUUACCGUUGGGUAAUCAAAAAUGAGUAUGUAUGGAUCCCAAAAGGGGAUUAACAGCAAUCGCAAGGGCUCGGCAAGGAGUGACGUGACUGGAGGUGGAAACUACCAGUACACACGCAGCGAGGCCGGACAAGGCGGCGGUAAUGGAUACGGGCCUGCAGACCCCUUCAUGGACGCAUACUCCUACACCUUUUCUUCUGGAGGUGGUGCAGGGGGUAGCGGACAUGGGGGCUCUGGCCUGCACCAGAAGGCCAUGAUCCUGCAGGAGCAAUGUCAGGAUUUCCUGAGGAAGGCGGAACACGCCAUGCAAACUGGUGGGGACGCAGAGCGCUACAUGGCCAUGGCCAGGGAGACCAUAGAUCAGCUGAAGGGCUGUGCGAGCCAACUACGACAGAUCGGCCAACCCAAUGACAAUGUGGUCAGAAGUGUUGAGGUGUGCAGGGACCAGCUGAAGGGAGUCCACAUGGCCAUCAGUGAGACCCUGCAUAGGAGAAGGAAGAGCACCCGAGGCAACUCGGGAGUCUGGGAGGAUCCCGGACGGACUUACGUGGAUGCGAUGGGCUGGAUUGGACAACAGAAGCGUUUGAUCGAGACCUCUCCUUGGGGAGACGACCAGGAGACUCUCCAACAGCAGCUGGUCAAACACCAGAUGUUCCACAGCUCCAUCCAGAGGAGUGAUGAGAUGGACCGCGCAAGGGAUGAGCUGCAUCAAAAUGGCGACAAGGCUAGCCUCAAUGCCCUGGACCAGGAAUGGGACAGCCUCCAGAAAAUGUCCUUCAGUCGGAGCGAGUGGCUGCAAGAGCUGCAACUGAUCAUCGAGGACAUCUCCAAGGAAAUCAUGUGGGUGAACUACAGGGAGGAGGAGGAGCUGGUCUUCGAUUGGGGAGAAAGAAACAUUGACCUGUACAUCCCUAAGAAGCAGGAGAGCUACUCUCAAUUGAUGAGUGCCCUGGAAGGGAAGGAGAGGGACCUGAAUAGACUCAAGGUCAAAGUAGACGUGGCCCUGAAAAACAACCACCCCGCCUCGGACAAGAUCGAGGCCUACAUGGACACUCUGCAGACACAGUGGAGCUGGCUCCUGCAGAUCACCAAGUGCAUUCAUGUCCAUCUGAAGGAGAAUGCAGCCUACAGCCAGUUCUUCAAGGAGGCGAAUGAGACGUACGGCGCACUGCAGAAGGAACAUGAGACCAUACGCAAGAAGUUCACCUGUGACAAGGACACCUCCCUGGACAGCCUGCUCGAGCUGCUCGCGGAACUAGAGAAAGAAAAGGAAAAAAUCCUGGAGAACAAGAGGCAGGUCCAGCACCUGGUCAACGCGUCCAAGAGCAUCGUGAGGCUGAAGCCCAGGAACCCCGAGGAGAAUAGCAGCAGCACCGUCAUCGUGCGAGCCCUCUGUGACUUCAAACAAGACCAGAAAGUAAUCUGUAAGGACAACGAGGGCAUCCUUAAGGACAACAGCCAGCGCAGCAAGUGGCAGGUGACUGGACCAGGUGGCCUGGACAUGCUGGUGCCCUCUGUCUGCCUGCUGGUCCCACCUCCAAACCCCAUCUCUAUCUCCAUGGCCAAGAAGAAUGACCAGUACUACGAGGCAAUUCUCUCCAUAUGGAACCAGCUGUACAUCAACAUCAAGAGCCUCAUCUCGUGGCAGUACUGUUGCAUGGAUAUUGAAAACAUAAACUCACUCACCGUCGCCAUGCUGUCUCGAAUGUCUUCUGAGGAAUACCGCAGCCUGAUUAAACGAUUGGAGACUCACUAUGCAGAGUUUAGAGUCAACUCCCAUGGCUCCCAGAUGAUUGAAGAGGAGGACUUGAUGACCAUUGAAAGCCAGUACAAUGGAGCCCAGAAUCACUAUGAGCAACUGGUGGUGCAAUUGCCUUCCUACACCCAGUAUGCCUCAACAGACUACGCUGUACAGCUACAAAACAUCGAACCACAGCAGGUUGAACCGAAAUGGCAACUGGUACACCAACCAAUGUAUCUUAUUCAGCAGCCAAGCCAGCAGGUAGUCAUCCAGGAGGAGCAGCAGAUACGAAUGGAGAGGAUGGAAAGGAUGAGGGAGGUGGAGGAGGAGGAGGAAAGAAGGAGAGUGGAAAUAAGGAGACUAGAGGAGAAUAGAAGGAUGGAGGAGGAGGCCAGGAAGAGGGAGGAGGCAUUGAUGCUAGAGGAGGAGAUGAGGCAGAGGGAGCAGGCGAAGAGACGGGAGGAGGAGAGGAGAAGGACGGAGGAGGCAGCAAGGAAGAGGGAGGAGGCAAUGAGGCUGGAGGAGGAGGUGAGGAAGAGGGAGAAGGCGAUGAAGCGGGAGGAGGAGAAGAGGAGGAUGGCGGAGACGCAAAGACUGGAGGAGGAGGUGAGGUUGAGGGAGGAGAAAAGGAAGAUAGAGGAGGCGAAAAGGAAGGUGGAACUCAAGAAAGUAGAGGUGAAGAAGGACCACGUGAUCAAGAAGGAAGCGGUGCGAACGAUCAAGGCUGAGUCUGUGAAGAGGAAGACGUCCUCCUCCGCCUUUUCCUCCUCCUCCUCCUCCUCCUUCCAUGGGUCCAGCUCCCGCAGCCUGAUGGAGCUCCGCACCCUCAGGACUAGGAUGGAGUCAGCGGAGGGAGCACUCAACCAGCACAUCCACAUCAGUCUGGGGGACGACAAAGUGCGGGAAUGUGGCCUUCGUAUUACAGAGCUGGAGACGGUACAACGAGACAUUGACGACAUCCAGGGGGACAUCCUGCGUAUCAAGGACAUGAUUUUGAUGGAGGUCGAGGGCAUGGCAGAUGCUGACAAAGCCCAGUUCCUACGCAGUGAUAUCGGGGGAAUCACCCAAAGACUGGGUGUUCUGGACUCCAGUCUCUCAGCUUACCUGCAGAGGCUGCGGGCCCUCAGGAACCUGCUGGAGAGUGUGUCACACGGUGAAGACAUAGUGAAAGUGCAUGAGGCCAGGCUGACAGAGAAGGAUACCACUUCCCUCUCACCUGGAGAGGUAGAGGACUACAUAAUGUACCUCAAGAAUAUGAAGGUUGAGUUGGACCAGAAGAGGGAAGUUUUUGACUCCAUGGAGGCAGAGAUGGAAAAGGCGAACAACUGGAACAGCCAGGUGGGCGACUCCUCCCUUAGGUGUGACAUGACCCUGGCCACAUACAGCGAGCUGGUGGGCCAGUUGACAAACCGCUGGAGACGCAUCCAUACCCAGAUUGACUGCAGAAUGAAGGAUCUGGAGUUCUACGUUCCCCAGCUGCAGCAGUACAAGAAAGACAGCACAUCCCUUGAUGAGUGGAUCGACUCCACACAGAAACGCCAGAAGGCCCUGCAGUCCCCCAAGAUAGAGGACCUCGAAACUGUCGUCCUACACAUCAGCCAACAGAAGGCACUGAAUUCUGAGAUCAAGGAGAAGAGAAGGACAUUAGAUAGUGUGUUGACCGAGUCUGGGGACUGUGUGAGCUCCAUCAAGGACUACGAAUCAGACCUUGCCGCAUACGGCUCUGGAUUAGAGACUCUUCUCAACAUCCCCAUCAAGAGGACCAUACUGACGUCUCCAUCUACAGAGCUUAAUCAAGAGGCUGUGGAAAUGCAGACUCGCUACAUGGAGCUGUUCACUCUCUCUGGUGACUACUACACAUACCUGGGAGCAAUGCAGAAAAAUAUGGAGGAGCUCAAGAUUCGUAAUACCAGAAUUGAUCUUCUGGAGGAGGAGCUCCGGCUGCUGAAGGGGUCGAUCGAGAGCAACACCACCAAGAACCGGCAGCUGCAGGAUGCUCUUGCCCAUUAUCAGCUGGAGCUCUCCAAUUCCAAAGAGCAGCUGCUGUCGGUGGAGAACGGAAAUGAAGACGAGUCGCGGAAAAGGAGGCUAGCAGAGGAUCGCUACAACAAGCAAAAGGAAGAAUAUGAGAUUCUGCUGAGAAGAGCGGAGAAGAACAUGACAGAUAAGGAGCGUGAGGCUGAGCAGCUGCGACAGAGGCUGGCCGACGAGUCGGCAAGGGUGAGAGAACUGCAGUUGGAGACAUCAAAGACUACGGAGGAUCUUGAGCGCAUCAAGCUAUCUCUGGAAUCGGAGUGCCACAUCAAACAACGUCUACAGGAAGAGAACGAUAGGCUAAAGAAUGAAUUUAGGUUCUUGAAGGACAAAUAUGACAGCAAGGAGAGCCAAACAAGACAGCACGACUCUGACAAGGAUCGCUUUGAACAGGAGAUAAAUGACCUUAAAGGUGAGAUACAGAGGCUAAGAAAGGACUCAGAGGUGAUUAUUUCAAGAAAAACAAUGGCGACUGACCUAAAGGCAGUGAAAGAGCCUCCAAACCUUAUCUUUGAUGGUGUACGCAAAACAGUCACAGCAAAACAGUUACAUGAUUGUGGUGUGUUGGAUGAACUAACAUUUAACAAACUGUUGGAAGGGAAAAAGAGGGUCCCGGCUGUGUCUGUUGACAAAAAGGUAAUUCUUAAAGGGACUGGACCCAUUGCUGGGGUAGUGAUAGCAAGUCAGAAAGGUACAUUCUCCUUGUCUGGGCCCUUAAGUAAAAUGUCCCUGACUGAAGCCAAAAAAGGAAACCUUAUUCCUCUGGAUUGUGCUGAUCUUCUUUUGGAUGCCCAAGCUGCCACAGGGCACAUGAUUGAUCCUAGACUGAAUCAGAAGUUGACAGUGGAGGAGGCCUGCGACCAAGGAUUGGUUGAUGAAAAUGACCGGCAGAGAUUGCUUGCUGCUGAGGCAGCUGCUGUGGGCUACCAUGAUCCUGGAACAGGGCAACCGCUAUCAGCAUUCCAGGCAAUGAAGAAAGGAUUGAUUGACAAAAGCACAGCACUGCGUCUACUUCAAGCACAGGAGUGUACAGGUGGCAUUCUAGAUCCCACGCUUAGUGUAUUCCUCCCAAAAGACAUUGCCAUUGAGCGUGAUCUGAUCAAUGAGGAUAUUUAUCGGGCUUUGAAUCAGAGGCCUGAGCUCUACAUGGACCCAGAGACAGAACUGGGUGCCAGCUAUAUAUCACUGAAAAGGAGAUGCCAAAAAGAGCCAAACACAGGAUUACUGCUUCUUCCAGUCUCCAAAAAGCUAGACCCAUCCAAACUGGUGUUUGACGGUGUACGCAAACCAGUUACAGCAAAGCAGUUAAAUGAUUGUGGUGUGUUGGAUAAACCAAUGUUAGAUCAACUGUUGAAAGGGGAAAUAAGCGUCCAAGAUGUGUCUGUUGACAAAAAGAUAAUUCUCAAAGGGACUGGACCUAUUGCUGGAGUAAUUAUUGCAAGUGCAAAAGGUACAGUGUCCCUUUCUGGGCCCUUAAGUAAAAUGUCCCUGAGUGAAGCCAAAGAAAAAGAUCUUCUUCCUCUCGAUUGUGCUGAUCUUCUUUUGGAUGCCCAAGCUGCCACAGGUCACAUGAUUGAUCCCAUAACAAAUCAGAAGUUGACAGUGGAGGAGGCCUGCGACCAAGGAUUGGUGGCUGAAAACGACCGGCAGAGAUUGCUUGCUUCUGAGGCAGCUGCUGUUGGCUACCAUGAUCGUGGCACAGGGAAACCGUUAUCAGCAUUCCAGGCAAUGAAGAAAGGAUUGAUUGACAACAACACAGCACUGCGUCUGAUUCAAGCACAGGAGUCUACAGGUGGUUUUCUAGAUCCCAUUCUUAGUGUUUUCGUCCCAAAAGACAUUGCCUACGAGCGUGAUCUGAUCAAUGAGCAAAUGGACAAGGCUUUGAAUCAAAGGCCUGCGCUCUACUUGGACCCAACAACAGAGCAAGGUGCCAGCUAUGGAUCACUUAAAAGAAGAUGCAAAACAGAGCCAAACACAGGACUACUGCUCCUUCCUGUCCCUCAAAGGCUAGACCCGUCCAAUUUGGUAUUUGAUGGGGUUCGAAAGCCGGUCACAGCAAAGCAGUUGCUUGAUUGUGGUGUGAUAGACAAGCCAACAUUUAAAGAGCUAUGCACAGGAGAGAAAACUGUAUCAGAGGUGUCUACCGACAAAAUAGUUAGUCUUAAGGGGAAUGGGCCCAUUGCCGCUGUGAUAGUUGGCAAUCAAGUCAAAAUGUCCUUUGCAGAGGCCAAAAAGCAAGGUCUUGUUCCACCAGAGAGUGCUAAUAUGCUACUGGAGGCCCAGGCUGCCACAGGCCACAUCAUUGAUUCUAGAACCAAUCAAAAUCUGACUGUAGAGGAAGCAUGUGACAAAGGGGUGGUAGCAAGGGAAGAUAGAGACAGGUUGCUGGCAGCAGAAGCUGCUGCUAUUGGCUACUAUGAUCGUAGAACAGCUAAGCAUCUAUCAGUGUUUGAAGCCAUGAAGAAGGGAAUUGUGGACAAGAAAACCGCACUUACUCUGCUUCAGGCGCAAGAAUCUGCAGGAGGCAUUCUAGACCCUGUGAAGAGUGUGUUCCUCCCCAAGGAUACAGCCAUAAAACAUAAACUUCUUGAUGAAGAGCUGAAACACGCUCUAAACCAGCAACCUGAGUAUUACAUUGACCCAGAAACUGAGAUGGGUGUUCCCUAUGAAGUUUUGAGGAAAAGAUGCAAGACCGAAUCUCACACAGGUCUGAUACUGCUGCCUAUAUCUGAAAAGCAAGACCCAAGCUUAAUCAUCUUUGAUGGUGUCCGCAAGCCGGUCAACGCACAGCAGCUGCUUGAUUGUGGUGUUCUGGACAAGCCAACAUUUAAAGAAUUAGUAAAAGGAGAAAAAACUGUACCACAAGUUUCUCUGAUCAAGAGAGACAGUCUAAAAGGUACUGGAUGCAUUAGUGGGGUAAUCGCUGGAAAGGUAGGCAAAAUGUCCUUUGAUGAUGCCAAGAAACAAGGUCUACUUUCAAAAGAGAGCGCUGAUCUGUUAUUAGAGGCUCAAGCAGCCACAGGCCACAUUAUUGAUCCUAAAAGCAAUCACAGUCUGACUGUGGAAGAAGCAUGUGAUAAAGGGGUGGUGGCUAAGGAAGAUAGAGAGAGGUUGUUAGCAGCAGAAGCUGCUGCUAUUGGCUACAAUGAUCGUAGCACGUCAAGGCCUUUGUCAGUAUUUGACGCCAUAAAGAAGGGACUGGUGGACAUGAAAACUGCACUAACACUGCUUCAGGCCCAAGAAUCAGCUGGAGGCAUUCUAGACCCUGUGAAAAGUGUUUUCCUCCCCAAGGAUACAGCCAUAAAACAUAACCUUCUUGAUGAAGAGCUGAAACACGCUCUAAACCAGCAACCUGAGUAUUACAUUGACCCAGAAACUGAGAAGGGUGUUACCUAUGAGUCUUUGAAGAGACGAUGCAAGACCGAAUCUCACACAGGCCUGAUACUGCUGCCUAUUUCUGGCAGACAGGACCCAAACAAACUCAUCUUUGAUGGUGUCCGCAAGCCAGUCACCGCACAGCAAUUGCUUGAUUGUGGUGUGUUAGACAAGCCCACAUUUAAUCAGCUAUUGACGAAGGAGAAAACUAUUCCAGACGUAUCCAAAGACAAAAAGACUAGUCUUAAGGGUACUGGGGCCAUAGCUGCUGUGAUAGGUGGCGAUCACGGCAAAAUAUCAUUUGCAGAAGCCAAGAAGCUAGGACUUAUUCCAACCGAUAGUGCUAAUAAGCUAUUGGAGGCGCAGGCUGCAACAGGCCACAUCAUUGAUCCUGAAACAAAUACAAAAUUGACUGUAGAGGAAGCAUGUGUCAAAGGGGUGGUGGCUAAGGAAGAUAGAGAACGGUUGUUAGCGGCAGAAUCUGCUGCAAUUGGUUACAAUGAUCGGACAACAGCCAAGCCUCUUUCAGUGUUUGAAGCCCUGAAUAAGGGAAUUGUGGACAAGAAAACCGCCCUUAGACUGCUUCAGGCUCAAGAAUCUGCAGGAGGCAUUCUAGACCCGGUGAACAGUGUUUUCCUACCCAGAGAUACCGCAAUAAAAGGCAAACUUAUUGAUGAAGAGCUGAAACGCUCUCUAAACCAGCAGCCAGAGUGUUACAUAGACCCAGACACUGAGAAGGAUGUUACAUAUGAGUCAUUGAAGAGAAGGUGCAAGACUGAAUAUGACACAGGUCUGCUACUUUUGCCUAUUUCUGGAAAGGAAGACCCAAACAAACUCAUCUUUGAUGGUGUCCGCAAGCCAGUCACCGCACAGCAAUUGCUUGAUUGUGGUGUGUUAGACAAGCCCACAUUUAAUCAGCUAUUGAAGAAGGAGAAAACUAUUCCAGACGUAUCCAAAGACAAAAAGAUUAGUCUUAAGGGUACUGGGGCCAUAGCUGCUGUGAUAGCUGGAGAUUACGGCAAAAUGUCAUUUGCAGAAGCCAAGAAGCAAGGACUAAUUCCAACUGAUAGUGCUAAUAAGCUAUUGGAGGCGCAGGCUGCAACAGGCCACAUCAUUGAUCCUGAAACAAAUACAAAACUGACUGUAGAGGAAGCAUGUGUCAAAGGGGUGGUGGCUAAGGAAGAUAGAGAACGGUUGUUAGCGGCAGAAUCUGCUGCAAUUGGUUACAAUGAUCGGACAACAGCCAAGCCUCUUUCAGUAUUUGAAGCCCUGAAUAAGGGAAUUGUGGACAAGAAAACCGCCCUCACACUGCUUCAGGCUCAAGAAUCUGCAGGAGGCAUUCUAGACCCGGUGAACAGUGUUUUCCUACCCAGAGAUACCGCUAUAAAAGGCAAACUUAUCGAUGAAGAGCUGAAACGCUCUCUUAACCAGCAGCCAGAGUGUUACAUAGACCCAGACACUGAGAAGGAUGUUACAUAUGAGUCAUUGAAGAGAAGGUGCAAGACUGAAUAUGACACAGGUCUGCUACUUUUGCCUAUUUCUGGAAAGCAAGACCCAAACAAACUCAUCUUUGAUGGUGUCCGCAAGCCAGUCACCGCACAGCAAUUGCUUGAUUGUGGUGUGUUAGACAAGCCCACAUUUAAUCAGCUAUUGAAGAAGGAGAAAACUAUUCCAGACGUAUCCAAAGACAAAAAGAUUAGUCUUAAGGGUACUGGGGCCAUAGCUGCUGUGAUAGCUGGAGAUUACGGCAAAAUGUCAUUUGCAGAAGCCAAGAAGCAAGGACUAAUUCCAACUGAUAGUGCUAAUAAGCUAUUGGAGGCGCAGGCUGCAACAGGCCACAUCAUUGAUCCUGAAACAAAUACAAAAUUGACUGUAGAGGAAGCAUGUGUCAAAGGGGUGGUGGCUAAGGAAGAUAAAGAGCUGUUGUUAGCGGCAGAAUCUGCUGCAAUUGGUUAUAAUGAUCGGACAACCGCAAAGUGUCUUUCAGUGUUUGAAGCCCUCAAAAAGGGUAUUGUGGACAAGAAAACCGCUCUUACUCUGCUUCAGGCUCAAGAAUCUGCAGGAGGCAUUCUAGACCCGGUGAACAGUGUUUUCCUACCCAAAGAUGCCGCAAUAAAAGGAAAACUUAUUGAUGAAGAGCUGAAACGCUCUCUAAACCAGCAGCCAGAGUGUUACAUAGACCCAGACACUGAGAAGGAUGUAACAUAUGAGUCAUUGAAGAGAAGGUGCAAGACUGAAUAUGACACAGGUCUGCUACUUUUGCCUAUUUCUGGAAAGCAGGACCCAAACAAACUCAUCUUUGAUGGUGUCCGCAAGCCAGUCACCGCACAGCAAUUGCUUGAUUGUGGUGUGUUAGACAAGCCCACAUUUAAUCAGCUAUUGACGAAGGAGAAAACGGUUCCAGACGUAUCCAAAGACAAAAAGACUAGUCUUAAGGGUACUGGUGCCAUAGCUGCUGUGAUAGCUGGAGAUUACGGCAAAAUGUCAUUUGCAGAAGCCAAGAAGCAAGGACUAAUUCCAACUGAUAGUGCUAAUAAGCUAUUGGAGGCGCAGGCUGCAACAGGCCACAUCAUUGAUCCUGAAACAAAUACAAAACUGACUGUAGAGGAAGCAUGUGUCAAAGGGGUGGUGGCUAAGGAAGAUAGAGAACGGUUGUUAGUGGCAGAAUCUGCUGCAAUUGGUUACAAUGAUCGGACAACAGCCAAGCCUCUUUCAGUAUUUGAAGCCCUGAAUAAGGGAAUUGUGGACAAGAAUACCGCCCUCACACUGCUUCAGGCUCAAGAAUCUGCAGGAGGCAUUCUAGACCCGGUGAACAGUGUUUUCCUACCCAAAGAUGCCGCAAUAAAACGAAAACUUAUCGAUGAAGAGCUGAAACGCUCACUAAACCAGCAGCCAGAGUGUUACAUUGACCCAGACACUGAGAAGGAUGUCACAUAUGAGUCAUUGAAGAGAAGGUGCAAGACUGAAUAUGACACAGGUCUGCUACUUUUGCCUAUUUCUGGAAAGGAAGACCCAAACAAACUCAUCUUUGAUGGUGUCCGCAAGCCAGUCACCGCACAACAAUUGCUUGAUUGUGGUGUGUUAGACAAGCCCACAUUUAAUCAGCUAUUGAAGAAGGAGAAAACUAUUCCAGACGUAUCAAAAGACAAAAAGAUUAGUCUUAAGGGUACUGGGGCCAUAGCUGCUGUGAUAGCUGGAGAUUACGGCAAAAUGUCAUUUGCAGAAGCCAAGAAGCAAGGACUAAUUCCAACUGAUAGUGCUAAUAAGCUAUUGGAGGCGCAGGCUGCAACAGGCCACAUCAUUGAUCCUGAAACAAAUACAAAAUUGACUGUAGAGGAAGCAUGUGUCAAAGGGGUGGUGGCUAAGGAAGAUAAAGAGCUGUUGUUAGCGGCAGAAUCUGCUGCAAUUGGUUAUAAUGAUCGGACAACCGCAAAGUGUCUUUCAGUGUUUGAAGCCCUCAAAAAGGGUAUUGUGGACAAGAAAACCGCUCUUACUCUGCUUCAGGCUCAAGAAUCUGCAGGAGGCAUUCUAGACCCGGUGAACAGUGUUUUCCUACCCAAAGAUGCCGCAAUAAAAGGAAAACUUAUUGAUGAAGAGCUGAAACGCUCUCUAAACCAGCAGCCAGAGUGUUACAUAGACCCAGACACUGAGAAGGAUGUAACAUAUGAGUCAUUGAAGAGAAGGUGCAAGACUGAAUAUGACACAGGUCUUCUACUUUUGCCUAUUUCUGGAAAGCAGGACCCAAACAAACUCAUCUUUGAUGGUGUCCGCAAGCCAGUCACUGCACAGCAAUUGCUUGAUUGUGGUGUGUUAGACAAGCCCACAUUUAAUCAGCUAUUGACGAAGGAGAAAACGGUUCCAGACGUAUCCAAAGACAAAAAGACUAGUCUUAAGGGUACUGGUGCCAUAGCUGCUGUGAUAGCUGGAGAUUACGGCAAAAUGUCAUUUGCAGAAGCCAAGAAGCAAGGACUAAUUCCAACUGAUAGUGCUAAUAAGCUAUUGGAGGCGCAGGCUGCAACAGGCCACAUCAUUGAUCCUGAAACAAAUACAAAACUGACUGUAGAGGAAGCAUGUGUCAAAGGGGUGGUGGCUAAGGAAGAUAGAGAACGGUUGUUAGUGGCAGAAUCUGCUGCAAUUGGUUACAAUGAUCGGACAACAGCCAAGCCUCUUUCAGUAUUUGAAGCCCUGAAUAAGGGAAUUGUGGACAAGAAAACCGCCCUCACACUGCUUCAGGCUCAAGAAUCUGCAGGAGGCAUUCUAGACCCGGUGAACAGUGUUUUCCUACCCAAAGAUGCCGCAAUAAAACGAAAACUUAUCGAUGAAGAGCUGAAACGCUCACUAAACCAGCAGCCAGAGUGUUACAUUGACCCAGACACUGAGAAGGAUGUCACAUAUGAGUCAUUGAAGAGAAGGUGCAAGACUGAAUAUGACACAGGUCUGCUACUUUUGCCUAUUUCUGGAAAGCAAGACCCAAACAAACUAAUCUUUGAUGGUGUCCGCAAGCCAGUCACCGCACAGCAAUUGCUUGAUUGUGGUGUGUUAGACAAGCCCACAUUUAAUCUGCUAUUGACGAAGGAGAAAACGGUUCCAGACGUAUCCAAAGAUAAAAAGACUAGUCUUAAGGGUACUGGGGCCAUAGCUGCUGUGAUAGCUGGAGAUCACGGCAAAAUUUCAUUUGCAGAAGCCAAGAAGCAAGGACUUAUUCCAACCGAUAGUGCUAAUAAGCUAUUGGAGGCGCAGGCUGCAACAGGCCACAUCAUUGAUCCUGAAACAAAUACAAAACUGACUGUAGAGGAAGCAUGUGUCAAAGGGGUGGUGGCUAAGGAAGAUAGAGAACGGUUGUUAGUGGCAGAAUCUGCUGCAAUUGGUUACAAUGAUCGGACAACAGCCAAGCCUCUUUCAGUAUUUGAAGCCCUGAAUAAGGGAAUUGUGGACAAGAAAACCGCCCUCACACUGCUUCAGGCUCAAGAAUCUGCAGGAGGCAUUCUAGACCCGGUGAACAGUGUUUUCCUACCCAAAGAUGCCGCAAUAAAACGAAAACUUAUCGAUGAAGAGCUGAAACGCUCACUAAACCAGCAGCCAGAGUGUUACAUUGACCCAGACACUGAGAAGGAUGUCACAUAUGAGUCAUUGAAGAGAAGGUGCAAGACUGAAUAUGACACAGGUCUGCUACUUUUGCCUAUUUCUGGAAAGCAAGACCCAAACAAACUAAUCUUUGAUGGUGUCCGCAAGCCAGUCACCGCACAGCAAUUGCUUGAUUGUGGUGUGUUAGACAAGCCCACAUUUAAUCAGCUAUUGACGAAGGAGAAAACGGUUCCAGACGUAUCCAAAGAUAAAAAGACUAGUCUUAAGGGUACUGGGGCCAUAGCUGCUGUGAUAGCUGGAGAUCACGGCAAAAUUUCAUUUGCAGAAGCCAAGAAGCAAGGACUUAUUCCAACCGAUAGUGCUAAUAAGCUAUUGGAGGCGCAGGCUGCAACAGGCCACAUCAUUGAUCCUGAAACAAAUACAAAACUGACUGUAGAGGAAGCAUGUGUCAAAGGGGUGGUGGCUAAGGAAGAUAGAGAACGGCUGUUAGCGGCAGAAUCUGCUGCAAUUGGUUAUAUUGAUCGGACAACCGCUAAGUGUCUUUCAGUGUUUGAAGCCCUCAAAAAGGGUAUUGUGGACAAGAAAACCGCCCUUACUCUGCUUCAGGCUCAAGAAUCUGCAGGAGGUAUUCUAGACCCGGUGAACAGUGUUUUCCUACCCAAAGAUACCGCAAUGAAAGGAAAACUUAUUGAUGAAGAGCUGAAACGCUGUCUACAACAGCAGCCAGAGUGUUACAUAGACCCUGAAACUGAGAAGGAUGUUACAUAUGAGUCAUUGAAGAGAAGGUGCAAGACUGAAUAUGACACAGGUCUGCUACUUUUACCUAUUUCUGGAAAACAAGACCCAAACAAACUCAUCUUUGAUGGUGUCCGCAAGCCAGUCACCGCACAGCAAUUGCUUGAUUGUGGUGUGUUAGACAAGCCCACAUUUAAUCAGCUAUUGAAGAAGGAGAAAACUAUUCCAGACGUAUCCAAAGACAAAAAGACUAGUCUUAAGGGUACUGGGGCCAUAGCUGCUGUGAUAGCUGGAGAUUACGGCAAAAUGUCAUUUGCAGAAGCCAAGAAGCAAGGACUAAUUCCAACUGAUAGUGCUAAUAAGCUAAUGGAGGCGCAGGCUGCAACAGGCCACAUCAUUGAUCCUGAAACAAAUACAAAAUUGACUGUAGAGGAAGCAUGUGUAAAAGGGGUGGUGGCUAAGGAAGAUAGAGAACGGUUGUUAGCGGCAGAAUCUGCUGCAAUUGGUUACACUGAUCGAACAACAGCCAAGCCUCUUUCAGUGUUUGAAGCCCUGAAUAAGGGAAUUGUGGACAAGAAAACCGCCCUUACUCUGCUUCAGGCUCAAGAAUCUGCAGGAGGUAUUCUAGACCCGGUGAACAGUGUUUUCCUACCCAAGGAUACCGCAAUAAAAGGAAAAAUUAUUGAUGAAGAGCUGACACGCUGUCUAAAACAGCAGCCAGAGUGUUACAUAGACCCUGAAACUGAGAAGGAUGUUACAUAUGACUCAUUGAAGAGUAGGUGCAAGACUGAAUAUGACACUGGUCUGCUACUUUUGCCUAUUUCUGGAAAGCAAGACCCAAACAAACUCAUCUUUGAUGGUGUCCGCAAGCCAGUCACCGCACAGCAAUUGCUUGAUUGUGGUGUGUUAGACAAGCCCACAUUUAAUCAGCUAUUGAAGAAGGAGAAAACUAUUCCAGACGUAUCCAAAGACAAAAAGACUAGUCUUAAGGGUACUGGGGCCAUAGCUGCUGUGAUAGCUGGAGAUUACGGCAAAAUGUCAUUUGCAGAAGCCAAGAAGCAAGGACUAAUUCCAACCGAUAGUGCUAAUAAGCUAAUGGAGGCGCAGGCUGCAACAGGCCACAUCAUUGAUCCUGAAACAAAUACAAAAUUGACUGUAGAGGAAGCAUGUGUAAAAGGGGUGGUGGCUAAGGAAGAUAGAGAACGGUUGUUAGCGGCAGAAUCUGCUGCAAUUGGUUACACUGAUCGAACAACAGCCAAGCCUCUUUCAGUGUUUGAAGCCCUGAAUAAGGGAAUUUUGGACAAGAAAACAGCCCUUACUCUGCUUCAGGCUCAAGAAUCUGCAGGAGGCAUUCUGGACCCGGAGAACAGUGUUUUCCUACCCAAAGAUGCCGCAAUAAAACGAAAACUUAUCGAUGAAGAGCUGAAACGCUCUCUAAACCAGCAGCCAGAGUGUUACAUAGACCCAGACACUGAGAAGGAUGUUACAUAUGAGUCAUUGAAGAGAAGGUGCAAGGCUGAAUAUGACACAGGUCUUCUACUUUUGCCUAUUUCUGGAAAGCAAGACCCAAACAAACUCAUCUUUGAUGGUGUCCGCAAGCCAGUCACCGCACAGCAAUUGCUUGUUUGUGGUGUGUUAGACAAGCCCACAUUUAAUCAGCUAUUGAAGAAGGAGAAAACUAUUCCAGACGUAUCCAAAGACAAAAAGACUAGUCUUAAGGGUACUGGGGCCAUAGCUGCUGUGAUAGCUGGAGAUCACGGCAAAAUUUCAUUUGCAGAAGCCAAGAAGCUAGGACUUAUUCCAACCGAUAGUGCUAAUAAGCUAUUGGAGGCGCAGGCUGCAACAGGCCACAUCAUUGAUCCUGAAACAAAUACAAAACUGACUGUAGAGGAAGCAUGUGUCAAAGGGGUGGUGGCUAAGGAAGAUAGAGAACGGUUGUUAGCGGCAGAAUCUGCUGCAAUUGGUUAUACUGAUCGGACAACCGCAAAGUGUCUUUCAGUGUUUGAAGCCCUCAAAAAGGGUAUUGUGGACAAGAAAACCGCCCUUACUCUGCUUCAGGCUCAAGAAUCUGCAGGAGGCAUUCUGGACCCGGUGAACAGUGUUUUCCUACCCAAGGAUACCGCAAUAAAUGGAAAACUUAUUGAUGAAGAGCUGACACGCUGUCUAAAACAGCAGCCAGAGUGUUACAUAGACCCUGAAACUGAGAAGGAUGUUACAUAUGACUCAUUGAAGAGAAGGUGCAAGACUGAAUAUGACACAGGUCUGCUACUUCUGCCUAUUUCUGGAAAGCAAGACCCAAACAAAAUAAUCUUUGAUGGUGUCCGCAAGCCAGUCACAGCGCAGCAACUGCUUGAUUGCGAAGUAUUAGACAAGCCAACAUUUAACCAGCUUUUGAAAAAGGAGAAAACUAUGCCGGAGGUAUCUACGGCUAAGAAAGUCAGUCUUAAGGGUACUGGGGUCAUAGCUGCUGUGAUUGCUGGAGAUCGAGGCAAAAUGUCCUUAGCAGAAGCCAAGAAACAAGGACUCAUUCCAAUUGAUAGUGCUAACAAACUUUUGGAGGCCCAGGCUGCCACGGGCCACAUCAUUGAUCCUGAAACCAAUAAGAAACUGACUGUAGUGGAAGCAUGUGACAAAGGGGUGGUUGCUAAGGAAGAUAGAGAACGGUUGUUAGCAGCAGAAUUCGCUGCCAUUGGUUACACUGAUCGAAGCACAGCCAAGCCUCUUUCCGUGUUUGAAGCCAUGAAGAAGGGACUAGUGGACAAGAAAACUGCACUAACUCUGCUUCAGGCUCAAGAAUCUGCAGGAGGCAUUCUUGACCCAGUGAAUAGUAUUUUCCUACCCAGAGAUAUUGCAGUAAAACGUAAACUCAUUGAUGAAGAGCUGAAACGCUCCCUAAUCCAACAGCCCGAGUGCUACGUGGACCCAGACACUGAAAAGUGUGUAACCUAUGAGUCAUUGAAGAGAAGGUGCAAGACUGAACCGGAAACUGGUCUUCUGCUUCUGCCUAUCUCUGAAACGCAAGAUCCCAAGAAACAAAUCUUUGAUGGUAUCCGCAAGCCAGUCACAGCACAGCAGUUGCUUGAUUGCGAAGUAUUAGACAAGCCAACAUUUAACCAGCUUUUGAAAAAGGAGAAAACUAUGCAGGAGGUAUCUACGGCUAAGAAAGUCAGUCUUAAGGGUACUGGGGUCAUAGCUGCUGUGAUUGCUGGAGAUCGAGGCAAAAUGUCCUUUGCAAAAGCCAAGAAACAGGGACUCAUUCCAAUUGAUAGUGCUAACAAGCUUUUGGAGGCCCAGGCUGCCACGGGCCACAUCAUUGAUCCUGAAACCAAUGAGAAACUGACUGUAGUGGAAGCAUGUGACAAAGGGUUGGUGGCUAAGGAAGAUAGAGAACGGUUGUUAGCAGCAGAAUUCGCUGCCAUUGGUUACACUGAUCGAAGCACAGCCAAGCCUCUUUCCGUGUUUGAAGCCAUGAAGAAGGGAUUUGUGGACAAGAAAACUGCACUAACUCUGCUUCAGGCUCAAGAAUCUGCAGGAGGCGUUCUUGACCCAGUGAAUAGUAUUUUCCUACCCAGAGAUAUUGCAGUAAAACGUAAACUCAUUGAUGAAGAGCUGAAACGCUCCCUAAUCCAACAGCCCGAGUGCUACGUGGACCCAGACACUGAAAAGUGUGUAACCUAUGAGUCAUUGAAGAGAAGGUGCAAGACUGAACCGGAAACAGGUCUUCUGCUUCUGCCUAUCUCUGAAACGCAAGAUCCCAAGAAACUAAUCUUUGAUGGUAUCCGCAAGCCAGUCACAGCACAGCAGUUGCUUGAUUGCGAAGUAUUAGACAAGCCAACAUUUAACCAGCUUUUGAAAAAGGAGAAAACUAUGCAGGAGGUAUCUACGGCUAAGAAAGUCAGUCUUAAGGGUACUGGGGUCAUAGCUGCUGUGAUUGCUGGAGAUCGAGGCAAAAUGUCCUUAGCAAAAGCCAAGAAACAGGGACUCAUUCCAAUUGAUAGUGCUAACAAGCUUUUGGAGGCCCAGGCUGCCACGGGCCACAUCAUUGAUCCUGAGACCAAUGAGAAACUGACUGUAGUGGAAGCAUGUGACAAAGGGGUGGUUGCUAAGGAAGAUAGAGAACGGUUGUUAGCAGCAGAAUUCGCUGCCAUUGGUUACACUGAUCGAAGCACAGCCAAGCCUCUUUCCGUGUUUGAAGCCAUGAAGAAGGGACUUGUGGACAAGAAAACUGCACUAACUCUGCUUCAGGCUCAAGAAUCUGCAGGAGGCGUUCUUGACCCAGUGAAUAGUAUUUUCCUACCCAGAGAUAUUGCAGUAAAACGUAAACUCAUUGAUGAAGAGCUGAAACGCUCCCUAAUCCAACAGCCCGAGUGCUACGUGGACCCAGACACUGAAAAGUGUGUAACCUAUGAGUCAUUGAAGAGAAGGUGCAAGACUGAACCGGACACAGGUCUUCUGCUUCUGCCUAUCUCUGAAACGGAAGAUCCCAAGAAACUAAUCUUUGAUGGUAUCCGCAAGCCAGUCACAGCACAGCAGUUGCUUGAUUGCGAAGUAUUAGACAAGCCAACAUUUAACCAGCUUUUGAAAAAGGAGAAAACUAUGCAGGAGGUAUCUACGGCUAAGAAAGUCAGUCUUAAGGGUACUGGGGUCAUAGCUGCUGUGAUUGCUGGAGAUCGAGGCAAAAUGUCCUUAGCAAAAGCCAAGAAACAAGGACUCAUCCCAAUUGAUAGUGCUAACAAGCUUUUGGAGGCCCAGGCUGCCACGGGCCACAUCAUUGAUCCUGAAACCAAUGAGAAACUGACUGUAGUGGAAGCAUGUAACAAAGGGUUGGUGGCUAAGGAAGAUAGAGAACGGUUGUUAGCAGCAGAAUUCGCUGCCAUUGGUUACACUGAUCGAAGCACAGCCAAGCCUCUUUCCGUGUUUGAAGCCAUGAAGAAGGGACUUGUGGACAAGAAAACUGCACUAACUCUGCUUCAGGCUCAAGAAUCUGCAGGAGGCGUUCUUGACCCAGUGAAUAGUAUUUUCCUACCCAGAGAUAUUGCAGUAAAACGUAAACUCAUUGAUGAAGAGCUGAAACGCUCCCUAAUCCAACAGCCCGAGUGCUACGUGGACCCAGACACUGAAAAGUGUGUAACCUAUGAGUCAUUGAAGAGAAGGUGCAAGACUGAACCGGAAACAGGUCUUCUGCUUCUGCCUAUCUCUGAAACGCAAGAUCCCAAGAAACUAAUCUUUGAUGGUAUCCGCAAGCCAGUCACAGCACAGCAGUUGCUUGAUUGCGAAGUAUUAGACAAGCCAACAUUUAACCAGCUUUUGAAAAAGGAGAAAACUAUGCAGGAGGUAUCUACGGCUAAGAAAGUCAGUCUUAAGGGUACUGGGGUCAUAGCUGCUGUGAUUGCUGGAGAUCGAGGCAAAAUGUCCUUCGCAAAAGCCAAGAAACAGGGACUCAUUCCAAUUGAUAGUGCUAACAUGCUUUUGGAGGCCCAGGCUGCCACGGGCCACAUCAUUGAUCCUGAAACCAAUGAGAAACUGACUGUAGUGGAAGCAUGUAACAAAGGGUUGGUGGCUAAGGAAGAUAGAGAACGGUUGUUAGCUGCAGAAUUCGCUGCCAUUGGUUACACUGAUCGAAGCACAGCCAAGCCUCUUUCCGUGUUUGAAGCCAUGAAGAAGGGACUUGUGGACAAGAAAACUGCACUAACUCUGCUUCAGGCUCAAGAAUCUGCAGGAGGCGUUCUUGACCCAGUGAAUAGUAUUUUCCUACCCAGAGAUAUUGCAGUAAAACGUAAACUCAUUGAUGAAGAGCUGAAACGCUCCCUAAUCCAACAGCCCGAGUGCUACGUGGACCCAGACACUGAAAAGUGUGUAACCUAUGAGUCAUUGAAGAGAAGGUGCAAGACUGAACCGGACACAGGUCUUCUGCUUCUGCCUAUCUCUGAAACGGAAGAUCCCAAGAAACUAAUCUUUGAUGGUAUCCGCAAGCCAGUCACAGCACAGCAGUUGCUUGAUUGCGAAGUAUUAGACAAGCCAACAUUUAACCAGCUUUUGAAAAAGGAGAAAACUAUGCAGGAGGUAUCUACGGCUAAGAAAGUCAGUCUUAAGGGUACUGGGGUCAUAGCUGCUGUGAUUGCUGGAGAUCGAGGCAAAAUGUCCUUAGCAAAAGCCAAGAAACAAGGACUCAUCCCAAUUGAUAGUGCUAACAAGCUUUUGGAGGCCCAGGCUGCCACGGGCCACAUCAUUGAUCCUGAAACCAAUGAGAAACUGACUGUAGUGGAAGCAUGUAACAAAGGGUUGGUGGCUAAGGAAGAUAGAGAACGGUUGUUAGCAGCAGAAUUCGCUGCCAUUGGUUACACUGAUCGAAGCACAGCCAAGCCUCUUUCCGUGUUUGAAGCCAUGAAGAAGGGACUUGUGGACAAGAAAACUGCACUAACUCUGCUUCAGGCUCAAGAAUCUGCAGGAGGCGUUCUUGACCCAGUGAAUAGUAUUUUCCUACCCAGAGAUAUUGCAGUAAAACGUAAACUCAUUGAUGAAGAGCUGAAACGCUCCCUAAUCCAACAGCCCGAGUGCUACGUGGACCCAGACACUGAAAAGUGUGUAACCUAUGAGUCAUUGAAGAGAAGGUGCAAGACUGAACCGGAAACAGGUCUUCUGCUUCUGCCUAUCUCUGAAACGCAAGAUCCCAAGAAACUAAUCUUUGAUGGUAUCCGCAAGCCAGUCACAGCACAGCAGUUGCUUGAUUGCGAAGUAUUAGACAAGCCAACAUUUAACCAGCUUUUGAAAAAGGAGAAAACUAUGCAGGAGGUAUCUACGGCUAAGAAAGUCAGUCUUAAGGGUACUGGGGUCAUAGCUGCUGUGAUUGCUGGAGAUCGAGGCAAAAUGUCCUUAGCAAAAGCCAAGAAACAAGGACUCAUCCCAAUUGAUAGUGCUAACAAGCUUUUGGAGGCCCAGGCUGCCACGGGCCACAUCAUUGAUCCUGAAACCAAUGAGAAACUGACUGUAGUGGAAGCAUGUAACAAAGGGUUGGUGGCUAAGGAAGAUAGAGAACGGUUGUUAGCAGCAGAAUUCGCUGCCAUUGGUUACACUGAUCGAAGCACAGCCAAGCCUCUUUCCGUGUUUGAAGCCAUGAAGAAGGGACUUGUGGACAAGAAAACUGCACUAACUCUGCUUCAGGCUCAAGAAUCUGCAGGAGGCGUUCUUGACCCAGUGAAUAGUAUUUUCCUACCCAGAGAUAUUGCAGUAAAACGUAAACUCAUUGAUGAAGAGCUGAAACGCUCCCUAAUCCAACAGCCCGAGUGCUACGUGGACCCAGACACUGAAAAGUGUGUAACCUAUGAGUCAUUGAAGAGAAGGUGCAAGACUGAACUGGAAACAGGUCUUCUGCUUCUGCCUAUCUCUGAAACGCAAGAUCCCAAGAAACUAAUCUUUGAUGGUAUCCGCAAGCCAGUCACAGCACAGCAGUUGCUUGAUUGCGAAGUAUUAGACAAGCCAACAUUUAACCAGCUUUUGAAAAAGGAGAAAACUAUGCAGGAGGUAUCUACGGCUAAGAAAGUCAGUCUUAAGGGUACUGGGGUCAUAGCUGCUGUGAUUGCUGGAGAUCGAGGCAAAAUGUCCUUCGCAAAAGCCAAGAAACAGGGACUCAUUCCAAUUGAUAGUGCUAACAUGCUUUUGGAGGCCCAGGCUGCCACGGGCCACAUCAUUGAUCCUGAAACCAAUGAGAAACUGACUGUAGUGGAAGCAUGUAACAAAGGGUUGGUGGCUAAGGAAGAUAGAGAACGGUUGUUAGCUGCAGAAUUCGCUGCCAUUGGUUACACUGAUCGAAGCACAGCCAAGCCUCUUUCCGUGUUUGAAGCCAUGAAGAAGGGACUUGUGGACAAGAAAACUGCACUAACUCUGCUUCAGGCUCAAGAAUCUGCAGGAGGCGUUCUUGACCCAGUGAAUAGUAUUUUCCUACCCAGAGAUAUUGCAGUAAAACGUAAACUCAUUGAUGAAGAGCUGAAACGCUCCCUAAUCCAACAGCCCGAGUGCUACGUGGACCCAGACACUGAAAAGUGUGUAACCUAUGAGUCAUUGAAGGGAAGGUGCAAGACUGAACCGGAAACAGGUCUUCUGCUUCUGCCUAUCUCUGAAACGCAAGAUCCCAAGAAAUUAAUCUUUGAUGGUAUCCGCAAGCCAGUCACAGCACAGCAGUUGCUUGAUUGCGACGUAUUAGACAAGCCAACAUUUAACCAGCUUUUGAAAAAGGAGAAAACUAUGCAGGAGGUAUCUACGGCUAAGAAAGUCAGUCUUAAGGGUACUGGGGUCAUAGCUGCUGUGAUUGCUGGAGAUCGAGGCAAAAUGUCCUUCGCAAAAGCCAAGAAACAGGGACUCAUUCCAAUUGAUAGUGCUAACAAGCUUUUGGAGGCCCAGGCUGCCACGGGCCACAUCAUUGAUCCUGAAACCAAUGAGAAACUGACUGUAGUGGAAGCAUGUAACAAAGGGUUGGUGGCUAAGGAAGAUAGAGAACGGUUGUUAGCAGCAGAAUUCGCUGCCAUUGGUUACACUGAUCGAAGCACAGCCAAGCCUCUUUCCGUGUUUGAAGCCAUGAAGAAGGGACUUGUGGACAAGAAAACUGCACUAACUCUGCUUCAGGCUCAAGAAUCUGCAGGAGGCGUUCUUGACCCAGUGAAUAGUAUUUUCCUACCCAGAGAUAUUGCAGUAAAACGUAAACUCAUUGAUGAAGAGCUGAAACGCUCCCUAAUCCAACAGCCCGAGUGCUACGUGGACCCAGACACUGAAAAGUGUGUAACCUAUGAGUCAUUGAAGAGAAGGUGCAAGACUGAACCGGAAACAGGUCUUCUGCUUCUGCCUAUCUCUGAAACGCAAGAUCCCAAGAAACUAAUCUUUGAUGGUAUCCGCAAGCCAGUCACAGCACAGCAGUUGCUUGAUUGCGAAGUAUUAGACAAGCCAACAUUUAACCAGCUUUUGAAAAAGGAGAAAACUAUGCAGGAGGUAUCUACGGCUAAGAAAGUCAGUCUUAAGGGUACUGGGGUCAUAGCUGCUGUGAUUGCUGGAGAUCGAGGCAAAAUGUCCUUCGCAAAAGCCAAGAAACAGGGACUCAUUCCAAUUGAUAGUGCUAACAUGCUUUUGGGGGCCCAGGCUGCCACGGGCCACAUCAUUGAUCCUGAAACCAAUGAGAAACUGACUGUAGUGGAAGCAUGUAACAAAGGGUUGGUGGCUAAGGAAGAUAGAGAACGGUUGUUAGCAGCAGAAUUAGCUGCCAUUGGUUACACUGAUCGAAGCACAGCCAAGCCUCUUUCCGUGUUUGAAGCCAUGAAGAAGGGACUUGUGGACAAGAAAACUGCACUAACUCUGCUUCAGGCUCAAGAAUCUGCAGGAGGCGUUCUUGACCCAGUGAAUAGUAUUUUCCUACCCAGAGAUAUUGCAGUAAAACGUAAACUCAUUGAUGAAGAGCUGAAACGCUCCCUAAUCCAACAGCCCGAGUGCUACGUGGACCCAGACACUGAAAAGUGUGUAACCUAUGAGUCAUUGAAGAGAAGGUGCAAGACUGAACCGGAAACAGGUCUUCUGCUUCUGCCUAUCUCUGAAACGCAAGAUCCCAAGAAACUAAUCUUUGAUGGUAUCCGCAAGCCAGUCACAGCACAGCAGUUGCUUGAUUGCGAAGUAUUAGACAAGCCAACAUUUAACCAGCUUUUGAAAAAGGAGAAAACUAUGCAGGAGGUAUCUACGGCUAAGAAAGUCAGUCUUAAGGGUACUGGGGUCAUAGCUGCUGUGAUUGCUGGAGAUCGAGGCAAAAUGUCCUUCGCAAAAGCCAAGAAACAGGGACUCAUUCCAAUUGAUAGUGCUAACAUGCUUUUGGGGGCCCAGGCUGCCACGGGCCACAUCAUUGAUCCUGAAACCAAUGAGAAACUGACUGUAGUGGAAGCAUGUAACAAAGGGUUGGUGGCUAAGGAAGAUAGAGAACGGUUGUUAGCAGCAGAAUUAGCUGCCAUUGGUUACACUGAUCGAAGCACAGCCAAGCCUCUUUCCGUGUUUGAAGCCAUGAAGAAGGGACUUGUGGACAAGAAAACUGCACUAACUCUGCUUCAGGCUCAAGAAUCUGCAGGAGGCGUUCUUGACCCAGUGAAUAGUAUUUUCCUACCCAGAGAUAUUGCAGUAAAACGUAAACUCAUUGAUGAAGAGCUGAAACGCUCCCUAAUCCAACAGCCCGAGUGCUACGUGGACCCAGACACUGAAAAGUGUGUAACCUAUGAGUCAUUGAAGAGAAGGUGCAAGACUGAACCGGAAACAGGUCUUCUGCUUCUGCCUAUCUCUGAAACGCAAGAUCCCAAGAAACUAAUCUUUGAUGGUAUCCGCAAGCCAGUCACAGCACAGCAGUUGCUUGAUUGCGAAGUAUUAGACAAGCCAACAUUUAACCAGCUUUUGAAAAAGGAGAAAACUAUGCAGGAGGUAUCUACGGCUAAGAAAGUCAGUCUUAAGGGUACUGGGGUCAUAGCUGCUGUGAUUGCUGGAGAUCGAGGCAAAAUGUCCUUCGCAAAAGCCAAGAAACAGGGACUCAUUCCAAUUGAUAGUGCUAACAUGCUUUUGGGGGCCCAGGCUGCCACGGGCCACAUCAUUGAUCCUGAAACCAAUGAGAAACUGACUGUAGUGGAAGCAUGUAACAAAGGGUUGGUGGCUAAGGAAGAUAGAGAACGGUUGUUAGCAGCAGAAUUCGCUGCCAUUGGUUACACUGAUCGAAGCACAGCCAAGCCUCUUUCCGUGUUUGAAGCCAUGAAGAAGGGACUUGUGGACAAGAAAACUGCACUAACUCUGCUUCAGGCUCAAGAAUCUGCAGGAGGCGUUCUUGACCCAGUGAAUAGUAUUUUCCUACCCAGAGAUAUUGCAGUAAAACGUAAACUCAUUGAUGAAGAGCUGAAACGCUCCCUAAUCCAACAGCCCGAGUGCUACGUGGACCCAGACACUGAAAAGUGUGUAACCUAUGAGUCAUUGAAGAGAAGGUGCAAGACUGAACCGGAAACAGGUCUUCUGCUUCUGCCUAUCUCUGAAACGCAAGAUCCCAAGAAACUAAUCUUUGAUGGUAUCCGCAAGCCAGUCACAGCACAGCAGUUGCUUGAUUGCGAAGUAUUAGACAAGCCAACAUUUAACCAGCUUUUGAAAAAGGAGAAAACUAUGCAGGAGGUAUCUACGGCUAAGAAAGUCAGUCUUAAGGGUACUGGGGUCAUAGCUGCUGUGAUUGCUGGAGAUCGAGGCAAAAUGUCCUUCGCAAAAGCCAAGAAACAGGGACUCAUUCCAAUUGAUAGUGCUAACAUGCUUUUGGGGGCCCAGGCUGCCACGGGCCACAUCAUUGAUCCUGAAACCAAUGAGAAACUGACUGUAGUGGAAGCAUGUAACAAAGGGUUGGUGGCUAAGGAAGAUAGAGAACGGUUGUUAGCAGCAGAAUUCGCUGCCAUUGGUUACACUGAUCGAAGCACAGCCAAGCCUCUUUCCGUGUUUGAAGCCAUGAAGAAGGGACUUGUGGACAAGAAAACUGCACUAACUCUGCUUCAGGCUCAAGAAUCUGCAGGAGGCGUUCUUGACCCAGUGAAUAGUAUUUUCCUACCCAGAGAUAUUGCAGUAAAACGUAAACUCAUUGAUGAAGAGCUGAAACGCUCCCUAAUCCAACAGCCCGAGUGCUACGUGGACCCAGACACUGAAAAGUGUGUAACCUAUGAGUCAUUGAAGAGAAGGUGCAAGACUGAACCGGAAACAGGUCUUCUGCUUCUGCCUAUCUCUGAAACGCAAGAUCCCAAGAAACUAAUCUUUGAUGGUAUCCGCAAGCCAGUCACAGCACAGCAGUUGCUUGAUUGCGAAGUAUUAGACAAGCCAACAUUUAACCAGCUUUUGAAAAAGGAGAAAACUAUGCAGGAGGUAUCUACGGCUAAGAAAGUCAGUCUUAAGGGUACUGGGGUCAUAGCUGCUGUGAUUGCUGGAGAUCGAGGCAAAAUGUCCUUUGCAAAAGCCAAGAAACAGGGACUCAUUCCAAUUGACAGUGCUAACAAGCUUUUGGAGGCCCAGGCUGCCACGGGCCACAUCAUUGAUCCUGAAACCAAUGAGAAACUGACUGUAGUGGAAGCAUGUAACAAAGGGUUGGUGGCUAAGGAAGAUAGAGAACGGUUGUUAGCAGCAGAAUUCGCUGCCAUUGGUUACACUGAUCGAAGCACAGCCAAGCCUCUUUCCGUGUUUGAAGCCAUGAAGAAGGGACUUGUGGACAAGAAAACUGCACUAACUCUGCUUCAGGCUCAAGAAUCUGCAGGAGGCGUUCUUGACCCAGUGAAUAGUAUUUUCCUACCCAGAGAUAUUGCAGUAAAACGCAAACUCAUUGAUGAAGAGCUGAAACGCUCCCUAAUCCAACAGCCCGAGUGCUACGUGGACCCAGACACUGAAAAGUGUGUAACCUAUGAGUCAUUGAAGAGAAGGUGCAAGACUGAACCGGAAACAGGUCUUCUGCUUCUGCCUAUCUCUGAAACGCAAGAUCCCAAGAAACUAAUCUUUGAUGGUAUCCGCAAGCCAGUCACAGCACAGCAGUUGCUUGAUUGCGAAGUAUUAGACAAGCCAACAUUUAACCAGCUUUUGAAAAAGGAGAAAACUAUGCAGGAGGUAUCUACGGCUAAGAAAGUCAGUCUUAAGGGUACUGGGGUCAUAGCUGCUGUGAUUGCUGGAGAUCGAGGCAAAAUGUCCUUCGCAAAAGCCAAGAAACAGGGACUCAUUCCAAUUGAUAGUGCUAACAAGCUUUUGGAGGCCCAGGCUGCCACGGGCCACAUCAUUGAUCCUGAAACCAAUGAGAAACUGACUGUAGUGGAAGCAUGUAACAAAGGGUUGGUGGCUAAGGAAGAUAGAGAACGGUUGUUAGCAGCAGAAUUCGCUGCCGUUGGUUACACUGAUCGUAGCACAGCCAAGCCUCUUUCCGUGUUUGAAGCCAUGAAGAAGGGACUUGUAGACAAGAAAACUGCAUUAACUCUGCUUCAGGCUCAAGAAUCUGCAGGAGGCAUUCUUGACCCAGUGAUUAGUAUUUUCCUACCCAGAGAUAUUGCGGUAAAACAUAAACUCAUUGAUGAAGAGCUAAAACGCUCCUUAAUCCAACAGCCUGAGUGUUACGUGGACCCAGACACUGAAAGGGGUGUUACCUAUGAGUCAUUGAAGAGAAGGUGCAAGACUGAACCAGAAACAGGUCUUCUGCUUCUGCCUAUCUUUGUAAAGAUAGACCCAACCACACACAUUUUUGAGGGUGUCCGCCAGCCAGUCACAGCCCAGCAGUUGCUAGAAUGCGAUCUACUUGACAAACCCAGUUUCACCCAGCAAUUUACUGGGAAGAUAUCGGUCCUGGAAGUAUCUACAAACAAAAAGUAUACUUUUGAGGGGACUGAACCCAUAGCUGAAGCUAUUGCUGGAAAUCAAGGCCAAAAGUUCUUUGUAGAAGCCAAAAAGAAAGGUCUCCUUCUGGAGGAUUGUGCAAAUAUUCGACUGGAGGCCCAGGCUUGUACAGGCGACAUUAUUGAUCCUAGAACCAAUCAGAAGCUGAAUGUAAAGGAAGCAUGUGACAAAGGGGAGGUUGCUAUUGAAGCUAGAGACAGGUUGUUAGCAGCAGAAUCUGCUGCGAUUGGCUACAUUCCGCGGAGCACUGCUAAGCCUAUAUCGGUGUUUGAAGCGACGAAGAAGGGAAUUGUGGACCGAAUGCAAACCGAAAAGACCACAAUUGAACGGCUGGAGACAGAGGAGAAAACUGUUACAAUGGUGUCUACAACCCAAACAGUCAAUCUUAAGGGUACUGGGGUCAUAGCUACUGUGAUUGCUGGAAAUCAAGGCAAAAUGUCAUUUUCAGAUACCAAGAAACAACAUCCUGAGGAUUACAUGGACACAGAAACGGAGAAGAGUGCUAUCAAUGAGUCUUCGAAAACACGGUCCAAAACUGUAUCUCACUCAACCCUAUUACGGCUUCCUAUCUCCAAACAGCAAGACUCAACCAAACUUAUCUUUGAUGGCAUUCGUAAGACUGUCACAGCCCAGCAGUUACUGGAUUGUGGUCUUCUGGACAAGAAAACCUUUAACCUACUGUUGGAAGGAAAGAAAACUGUUUCUGAUGUCUCUGUGGACAAGAAAUUGCAUCUGAAGGGGACAGGAUCUAUCGGGGGAAUAGCUGCUGGACCUCUUGGAAAAAUGUCCUUUACAGAGGCUCGGAAUAGGGAAAUAAUUUCUGCAGACAGUGCAAUCUUUUUACUGGAAGCUCAAGCUGCCACAGGCUACAUUAUUGACCCCAGAACAGAUCAAAAGCUAACUGUAGAGGAGGCUUAUUCUAAAGGAGUCAUAGACCCUCAUGAUAGAUCAAGACUGUCAUCAGUUGAAGCAGCUGCUCUUGGGUAUCAGGACCCAAAUACAUCUAAGCUUCUGACAGCAAGCCAGGCCAUGAGAAAGGGAUUAAUUGACAAAGACACAGCUCUGCGAAUUCUACAGGCUCAGGAGUCUGUUGGAGGUAUUCUAGACCCUUUCUUAGGUGUGUUCCUACCCAGGGACAUAGCUAUGGAUCGGAAUAUUAUAGAUAAGGAAUUGUACAAUGACCUUAACUCAAUCCCAGAUUGCUUUCUUGACCCAAACACACAACAUAAAACUAACUAUGUGUCACUGAAGAGAAAAUGCAAGCUAAAUCCCACUACAGGCCUCUUGCUUCUCCCUGCCCCCCAUAACCCAUUGACAGUCCAAGGUCUUAGAGGUAAAGUGUCCUUAUCAGACCUGGUAGAUGCUAACCUUCUGGAAAAUUCAGAUGUAGAAAAUAUAAGGGAGGGUAUAUUGACCAUCCAGGAUAUUGAGCAACGCCUGCAAUCCUAUUUAAGGGGGUCAACCUGUAUUGCAGGGGUCUAUGAUGAGACAAGCAAUAGGGUUAUGCCUAUAUAUGAGGCCAUGAAAGAAGGACUGUUAGCUCCUGGCACCACACUAGAGCUCCUAGAGGCACAAGCUGCCUCAGGCUUUGUGGUCGACCCUGUUAAAAAUAUUAACCUCACUGUCACGGAUGCCCUCAAUAGAGGACUGGUAGGGCCAGAGUUUAAAGACAAGCUAUUAUCAGCCGAGAGGGCUGUGACUGGCUAUAAACUGCCCGACUCUGACAAAAUGAUGUCCAUCUUUGAGACCAUGGAAAGAGGUCUAAUGGAGAGAGGCCUUGGUAUACGCUUGCUUGAGGCUCAGAUUGCCAGUGGGGGAAUAAUUGAUCCCAUACACAGCCAUCGUAUUGACGUGAAUGUAGCCUACAAGAGAGGCUACUUUAAUGCAGAGAUUUACCAGAUUCUAGCUGAUGAAGGGGAUGACACUAAAGGCUAUUGUGAUCCUAACACAGAUGAAAAACAUACUUACAUGGAGCUCAAGCAACGCUGCAUAGUUGAUGAGAACACAGGCCUUAUCUUGUUGCCUAUCCUGGACAACAACGACCAACAGCAUUCCACUCAGAGAAACACUCUGAGAAAGAGGAGGGUGAUUAUUGUUGAUCCAGAUACUAACAGAGAGAUGACAGUACGGGAAGCACUUAACACAGGUCUAAUAGACUAUGAUACCUAUAUUGAGUUAUCCAUGCAGGAGUGUGAGUGGGAGGAGAUCACCACCACUUCACCAGAUGGGUCUUCCCGAAUGUUGAUUGUUGACAGGAAAACUGGAAAAGAGUAUAACAUCAGUGAGCUACUUGAACAAGGUGUAAUUGAUCAAUCAAUAUAUGAGCAGUACACAUCCCAAAGCAUUUCCCUCAAUGAGUUUGCAGCCAUCAUCGCCGGAAAGAGACAAAGAUUUUCAAAAUUAUCAUUAUCUUUGUCAUCCUCAUCAUCAUCACUUCUAAAUCAAGGCAACCCGGGAGACACAGUCACAUCUGCUAAAUGUUCUUCAAUUUCAACAAGGCCUUUAUCACAAAAUUUUGGAAAAUGUACCACAACAAGAACUACAACAGUUUCAGGAUCCAGUAGUAUUGUCAGCAGAGAGGUCUCAACCUCAGCAGAGACCCUGAAGCACUUAUCCGGUGUUUCUGUCAUUGUAAGCUCCACUGAUGAAACUAUUGGUGAACAGGAACCCGUAGGAGCAAUCUUCGAUGCAGACAAUCUAGAGAAGAUACCAAUUUUGGAGGCUCGGAAUCGUGGCAUUGUGGAUUCUAUCACUGCGCAAAGAAUGCUUGAGGCCCAGGCAUGUACUGGAGGCAUUGUUGACCCCAGUAAUGGUCAGAGGCAUGGAAUCAAGGAAGCCUGUAUUUUGGGCCUGAUAGAUGACAAAUUGGCCCCCCUACUUAAGUCAGCCGAAAAAGCAUAUGUUGGAUUUGAAAAUGUGAGGGUUAAAAGUAAGUUGUCUGCUGCGGAGGCCAUGAAAGAAAAGUGGCUGCCAUAUGAGGCAGGCCAGAGGUUUAUGGAAUACCAAUUUGUGACAGGGGGACUCUUUGACCCAGAACUAGGUUGUAGGAGAACUAUAGAAGAUGCCCUGAACAUUGGUUGGUUAGAUGAAAGCACAGCCCAAAAGCUUCAAGACUCAAGACGCCAUUCAAAGAACCUAACAUGCCCCAAGACCAAAUUGAAGAUCUCCUACAAGGAGGCACUGGAUAAUUGCUUAUUGGAGGAGACAACUGGGGUCCGGAUGUUGCAGGCAUCUAGCAUGUCCUCUAGAGGUAUCAGCAGUCCCUAUAGUAUCUCUUCUGCCCCGGGAUCAAGGACAUGCUCUAGGAGUAGCUCACGAGUGGCUUCCCGUAGGAGCAGUGUAGACCUAGGCACUCCCACCUCCUCAGUAUCUGAACAAAUUAGUAGCACCAGCUACAGCCUGUCCUCUUUCUCUUCCAGUUCUGCUCUAUAGGGUUAGGGUUUGAAUUAAAUACCAUUCAGUUUCUAUACAAUUAUACUUCUUAACCUGGCCUCAUUAAUACAUAAACACGAUACAUGCAUACAUUCACACUAGAAAUAUUAAAAUGAUUGUGUUGUAUUAGUCUAAGAAUACAUGGCUAAUGUUUGAACAUUUCAGCUCUUGAGCUGCAGCAUUACAUUAUUAUUUUUUAAAUCAAAAGGUAAGAAAGUUCAAAUAAAGAGCAUGCUUAAUAAUAGUUUCUCUUAAACUGAGUUUAGGAAUAUCUUAUUGUUUGCAUAUCAAUUAUUUUCAGGGGUAUUUCUCGUAUGCUUCAUGUUUUCCUUUCAAUGUUUGGGAAUUGGUUAUGAUGGGUAACAUAUUUUUGUGCAAAUCUGAAAUUAGCAGAUUUUCGUCUUAAUUAAAGGAUUUUAAGUGUGGCUCUUUCUGAUAUUGUCGUUUAGUGUAGAUCUAUUUUUUAACUCUUUUAGUGUAGGCCCUAUUGCUUCUGAUUUUGUAACUAUGUUCUAUUACAAAAUAAAGAUCUGUCUCUUUGAA